UUCCUCGGAGCCAGUCGGAUGCUAGACGCGGUAGGAGUCGGUUCUUCACCUUCGGCUCGAUUCGGUCCUAAUCGGUUUUCAUCGGCUACUCGUGCUUCUCGUACAUACUAUCAUCGGGCUCGCGACUCGGAUAUAUUCGUUUCCAUUGUGAAUACUUUCGUGUAAUUGAACGUUCGUGAAAAACGUUUGAUUUUUAAUGCAGAGCGAAGAGGUUGGAUGUUAGAACUGAAAAGAGAAAAAGGAGGAAUGACAGGUCGUUGCACUUGCUGCGUCCAACCAGUGUCGACGCUUCGUUAAAUUUCCGUGCAUGAUUUGUGUUUACUGGCCGCGCGUUAUACCGUUACUCGUGAUACUGGUAAACUGCGGAAUUUCGUGACAUCGUGACUCUCUUUGCGUUCUCACCCCGAUACGUUCGAACAUUGUGAUCCUUUCUCGAUUUUUGAGACAUUUAUCGUAUCUGAAACUCGUUCAAAAUUUAUAUCAUCGAAAAACGGAACAAGUGAGAACAAGUGACAAGAAGGCACGUAGAACGACCUGUUGUGUUGUGGGAUAGCGAUCCAACAGGAAGACACGUACGUUUCUGUGCCUGUCGAGACUCGUUUUACGCCGCUAGAAAAGUGAACAGUGUACGCGUUUCUGAACAUUGAACGCCAGUUCAAAUUUACCCUCCGCAUUGUUGCUACGAUUUAAAAGUCGAAUCUUUUACGGUGGAACAACAGCGAGUCGAGUAAGAGGAAAGGCAAAUUCGCAGAAAAAUUCCAGCAAUAAUGCGUACCGUGAGCGAAGCGAUGAAACAUCGUGCGAUCAGCUGACUAGCCGAACUAUUCGGCGGUCGUGAAAACUCAGCCGAUAGCGAGAAUCGGCAGAGGAGCGGCAAGAACUCUCAAAAACAGCAGCCUAGAUUGCCUACUUGUUCUGUUAUGACGUUUGGUACACCAUUUCACACAGAGAAGUCGCAGUUCGUCGGCGAUAACCCUACUCGGCCCAGCACCAUGGCGGCUGAGGAGGGUGCGCUGAGUGGCGGACUCGGGGCGAAAUUAAAAUGUCCGACCCCUAUAUCACGCUUGAGGGUGGAGAAGAUCGAGGGUGGCCUGAUGGUAGCUGGGGUUGUAAUAGCUGCGAACUGCCAGAUUGCUCUUCCGGCAUUCGGCUUCCUCUUUAUGCUCGUCGGCGCUGUACUCACCGCUGCGUCGUAUCGUGGGCCCGGGGAGGACGAGGACAAGGACUCGUACGCGGCUAGGAUCGCAUUCACAGGAAAUUCGCGGAUCCUGGGACCCAUUUGUAUAGUCGUGGGCGCCCUUAUGCUCGCCCUGGGCGUGCUGCUCUGCAUGCUCACCAGAAGGGCGAGAAGGAGGGAGCGCAGGGUCGGCUUCCAUUGCCCUCUCCACGGCGAUUUUUAUCCCGUUAGUCCUGUUCAGGGUGUCAAGAUGCUUGGAUUAUCGGGAAAGAACGUCAGCGGCUGGUCGAAAAUUCCUUGUCUAAAAGGCCGUUCCUCGAGCAAAGGGAGCGCAUCCUCUGGCGGACACGUCGGUCCCCCGCAAUGUCCACACUCGGUGUUGAGCAGCACUCGCAGUUCGGUGAGCAGCUCGCCAUUGAGCCCUUGCCCAACGCCAAUGCCAUUUUUGGUCACUUCAGGCUCGGUCAGUAGCGGGAUGGUGCAAAGUGUCGGUGCUAAUUUAUCCCCGGACCAAACAUUCGGAUCGAUUCGAUCGCUGUCAGUUACGAGAGAAGUGGCCAGUUUCCCUCUGUCGAGAACGCCUACGCCGCCCCCGCAACACAGAUCGUCCACACUGACGAAUCCAGAGGAUCUAGUAAAUGUCGGAAGUCCCCUGAGGGAAGCAUCGCCGCGGCCGGAAGUACGGGUGGUUGCACCUGCACAUCGACCUCCCUCUGUCCUUGCGACGGUCAACAACACAAACAACGCCAACAACGGAUCUGCGAAUCGCAAAUCGGUCAGCAUAUUGCUUCCCGAACACUCGAGUGGAUGACCCCAACAGCAACACGGCUUUGUGCAUCGUUGCGACAAGGACCCUCCAACGAUUUAGGAAUCCAACGGAAACGAAACGACGAAGGAUAGAAGCAACGAUGACGAGGCUCGAUUGCGCGACGAACGAGACACGAGAUAUUCGUCGGACAAUCGGCGAACAUCGGCGGACAUCGGCGAACAUCGGCGUUGCCAACCGAAUCUAGCCGAAUUUAACCGAGCCGCGACGAUGAUUCGCGAGCGAUUUAUUACGGGCAUUCGUUCUUGGCAACCAGAUCUCUGAAAAAGUGGUCCAUCGAUAUUCGUGACUAAUAUAGAUUAAACGAAAUAGACAGGCGAAGUUAAUUCACGCUAUUGGCAAACAUUCAAUUAUCGGUUUCGCCCCGCCAGCCGGAAUUGCUGGAUAAUUCACGCUGCCGGAGCGAUAGCCGAGUAAACGAGCCGUUCGUCUGUAAUUGCUUUAAAACUGACUAAUUCAUUCGCGUUAUAUCUCAUAGAAUGUCUUGUUUUGUUUCGUUUUUAAUUAAGCGCUACUGCUCUGUCACAGCGUAUGCACGUGCUACGAAAGAGAAAUGUAUUGAGGAUUCUUAUAAAGAUAAUAUGUUCUAUGAUGAAAACGUUUACUUUCUUCGAUGAACGAGACGUGGAAAGAUUUGCGGAAGCGUGAUUAAAUCGUUGUAUUAUUCCCAAGAUCCAGUCGAAGCUCAAAUUCUUUGCGUAUCUUGAGAGUAAUAAUUUGUCGAAUCUUGCACGGUCUCAUAUCGUAUAAUGUUAAGAAAUAUAAUCCUGCCAUGCGAGAAGGUGAUAUAGAUUUCUUAUCUCUUCUUUUUUUGCAAAAAUAUUUCUUUUCGUUUAAAUCGCAUUUAUUUCGUUAUUUCAGAAACGAAAACGGUGUGAUCGAUGCAAGAAGUUGAAUGACGUGCAAGAGAUUCAAAUUAUAUAACAUCGUAUUGAAACGGUAUAUAGGGAAUGGAACCAUAUCUGCAGAUUCUGUGCGUGAAACCAAUAAAAACGAUAUAACUUUUCUUAUUCUUUUCACGUACAAAAUCCAUCGUCGAAAUGAUUCCAUGAUGUUACAAGACAUUGUAUAAAAUAUAAAAGUAUAAAAGUCAAAUUAUCGAUUGCCAAAAUUUAAAUUGACGAUUACAAGAAAAACAUCUGCCAAGUUUCAAGAUUUCUUGAGAUUCUUGUUUUAAGCAAGAUAUGAACCUGACUAUAUUCUAUCGUCAUCUUAUCGAUAUUUAUAGGUUGGCCCAGAUUUAUGCAGCUUUGGUCGACGUGGAAAUCAAAAGCUUCGAAACAAGUCUCGAGAAUUCAAAAUGGCGAUUCUCAGCGGCAAAAGGUUAUCGAAGUCAAUGUUUGUUAGUUGAGAUAUAACGAAAAAGAUAGGGUUCGUUGCUUUCUGGCGCAUAUAAUUUAAUAUCAUCUUUUCUUUCGUUUCUCGUGUAAUUCUUGAUAAAAAGAUUUCCACGAUGUUUCUGUUAUAUUUCAUCUCGAAUAUUCCUCGCUUCUCUCGUUGAAUUUCUUUGCGACAAUGAUAGAAUGAUCGGCUGAUCCAAUUGAUGAAAAACCUUUUCGAUUGUAACGCUUCUUGGAAACGAUAGUAAAUAAGAAGCGUCAAUUUAACUCCUUAAUUUUAAGUUUAAGAAGGCAGUAUUACAUUUGUCGUAUUAACAAUUGUUAUUAAAUUUUUCACAUCGCAAACGAAAAAAAAAAAAAGGAGAAUUAGACGAUUUAAGAAUUGAACUAAUGUAUCCACUGACAAUCCAAUUUAUUGGACGAAUUUAAAUUAAUUUAAUCCUUUUCUUUCUCAAUUCGAUUGUAUAUUAAAAAUGGAAAGAUAAAAUAUGAACGAAAAUUAUAAAAAAAAAAAAUAUUAUGUCUAAUUAUGACAGGGAUGGAUAUCAGAAUUUUGAAUGCACUAAACGUUCCAUCUCUGAAUUUUAAAUACGACAAUCAAUGAAUCCAAGAAAUCAUUUCUGAACAAAUUGUUGCGUUCUUUGUGGCUGUUAUAGUCACACGAUAAUAAUAAGACAUUGUUCUUUCCUGUUGUAUAAAACACUGGAAAGUUACAAGAGAGUUUAAUGAAAGAUUUCGAGAAAUCUGAGAAAAUUUAUGCUUAUAUAUAUUCACGAAAACAUCGACUGUUAAUUGACUGUAUGUAAAUUUAUAAAUGUCAUUCCACUGCUGCAAGUUGUAUCGAAAAAUGAAAAAUCGAUUUUACACAUAGUGCAUUCGUGAUACAAUGAUUUAAAGUGAAACGCGAUAAUAUCUUAUUUUCAUCCGAAAAAUCGUUAAAAAAAAAAAAAACAAUAAGAUUUUUACGUAUAAUAAGAAUAAUCGAAUCGCACAUUGUGCGUUAUAAGCCGAUACGAUUCGCUCGAUCAUCAUUAAAUAUGCAUCCGAAGAAGAAAGCAUGACAAACAAAAUGUGCUCAGAAAUUAGUUUAAAAAGAAGAAAAAUUGAUCUGAUGAAGAAAAAAAACUUUUUCGCAAAAAAAGAACAAGCGAUCCUUUUGUCAUCUUAGAUAAAUUAACAAAUUUCACCCUCUGAUAAGAUCUAGCUAUGAGUUUUGCCCACGAUAAUAUUAUAUAAUCACAAAAAAAAACGCUUAGGUGAAAUUAAUCGAGAAAAAAAGACUCCUAGGAUUCGUUGAAAAAUCCUUUCGAUGGUGCUUCGUGGAUUAGUGCUUGAUCGAGUAUAUCGAGAAGAAAUCGUUAAACGAAUACUUCGAAUAGGAAAUUAUCGUGGGCACUAAUUACACAUAGUCUUUAAGAUUCUAAACUUAAGGUUAACGCAUACGAAUCGUUCAUAAUUCAUUGUCUGCUCGGUGAUUGCGACGUGAAGAAAAGAUCGUCAUUCGUUCAAUAGUUGAUGCAUAAAUAUAGCAUUAGACCAAUAUCGACGUGUUUCACUAAGGUGAAAUGAAAAAAAAAAUCAUGAUUAUCGCAUGAUUAUCUUUUUAGUAGAGAAAAAAAAUUUAGAUUUAAUCUCCCAAAUUUCAUGUACAAAAGAUAAUUUUUGUAAAAUUAAUUUUCAAAGACUCUGAAUUUUUUCAUCCAAAAUUAAUUUUAUGUAAUAAGAAUUUAUUAUUAACUUGAAAACAAGAAUUAAAUUAUUGUAAAUGAACAAAAAUCUAGAAAAUCAAUAAAAAUAAUUUUUAUAUUAUUUAUAACGCUUUAAAAAAAUUUAUUGAACAAAAUGAAAAUUCAAAUUAUUCACUUAACAUCAUAAAAAAUAAUGUUCAAUUGUCUAUACGCUAAGCAAUGGUAUAUCAUAUUUGAAAUAUUUAAAAAAUGGUAAUAUAUUGUUAUAAAUUAAUAAAAAAAAUUGGUAAAAAAUUGAAAUAUGUAAUGCAAUCUCAUCAUUAUGCAAACGAAUAAUACUAUCUUAUUAUCGUAUUAAAUUAAAAUUAUAAGUAAUAUUAUAUGUCAAAUGGUCUGAUGUUUAUUUAUACAUUGUGCUAUUAAAUUAAAACUUCUACGAAUCUCGAUCGAUCGCCUAAAUUUCAAUUUCGUUUUCAUUGCGAAGGAAUUCUUUUGAUAAAAUUCUUUCACUUUGGAAUUUGGUUCAUCGUUAAGCGAUACACGGUCUUGGCUGCAAAAGAAAUUUCGAAUAACGAAACGAAUCAAGCAAGCCACACGAGAUUUUAUUAAUUAAGAUUCUAGUCCUAUAAAUACAUAGCUAGACGAUACGUCAAAUGAGAAAAUGAUCGGCAAAACUGUUAGCCCGAGAUAAUCUUGAUAUCCGUUUGUAAAACGUUUGUGGAUCGCGUCGAGUUUAGACCUUUACAAUAUAUUAUAUUAGAUAACCUAAAAAAAGAUGUAUCCUAUUACAAUGAUUGAAAAGAAAUUCGUAAAUGAGUAAAUAUUAGAAUGAAAAGACAUGAUUUAAAAAUUUCAAAUUUUAUUUGAAAGAACUUUAACUGUUUACAUAAUGUGUUAAAAGAUGUGUUAAAAGAUGUUAAAAGAUGUCAACUUCUUUUAAAAAUCCUAUAUAACAUGAAUGAUCAUUAAAUCCGUAAAAAAUCGAAUCUCAAAAAUCGUGUAGGAUACAUAAAGAUUACGCAUAUAUAAAUUUUAUCAAUUUUAAUAAAUAAUAUUAAUUACCUUCAUCCACUUCCAUAUAUACAUUUUGUUAAAGUGAAUCUUCAAAAGUUAACUUACCGAUUGUAUUUAAAUCUGUAUUAUCCAUCGAGUCGCUAACCACAAACGUAUUACGAAAGAGGACACCGGUUUCUGAUAUAUCCGACAAUAUAUUUACAUUAAUCGUAACGGUCUAGUACACAUUCUCGUACGUAGUGUUCACUCUGGCGAUUGUUCAUGCACCCGUAGGAAAAAUCGGCGGAAAGAAAGAGCAUAAAAUUGGAUGGAAGCGGAAACGAUUCGGCGCGAAGAAUUCGCGUAUCAAAGGAAUGAUAAAAGUCAUCGACCUAAAAUUGCUCUCCACGCGAAUUAAAAUGAAGAAAAGAAGAAUGGAAGAAGUCAAGACCCAUUGUGUCGUUCGGCGAGGCAUUUCCUGUGCGAAAUAGUGUGUGCCAAAAGAUACAAGUUGAAUUCUUGUUUAGCGAUAUGUGAAUGUUCUCACGAAGAUGUUUUUCGGUCUCCGGAUCUGCACUUUCGAUGCACUAGCGACACGAGUUUGCGACGAAAAUCAAGCCGUACGGAAGAGAAUGUCUUGUUAUUAAUUAUUUAAGAGUUAUUCCUCGUUGAAAAUUCUACACACAUAUACAUUACAUACGUACAUACACACUCCUCACGUAGACAUGUGGUUGGAAAUACGAAAAAAAUGCCACGUAAAAAAUGGCCACGUAAUAUGACCAUUCUUAUAUGUAUUAUCGAAUCGAAUAAAUUUCGUCGAAACAUCGUACGCUCAACACGCGAAUCGAGUCGAUGCAUUCCUUUCUUCCGGGAUCGAAGAUGUAGAACGGCGUAUGUUCGUAGAUCGAAAAUCACGAUGCGCCUUAAUGCGUUUACUUAUAGUUUAGGACAGAGCUUCCCAAACUUUUAUGGGUCGAGACCCAUAUUUCAAAAGCAAAAAGAAAUUUGAAUGAAAAAUAUCGUUUUGUUACUUUUUUAAAUUUUUUAUUGAAUAUAUUUAAUUAAUAUAUAUAAAUUUGUUAAUCAGAUAAUAAGCGAAAUAUAUGAAGGAUAAGUUUGUCUUCUAUUUUUGGUAAUGAUCUUAAUUCAUUCAUGGUAAUUUUUUUAUUUUCUUAACAUUGAAAAUUGAUUAUAGUUGGUAUAUAUAAAUGAUAUAUAUAAAGUUACUAUAUAUAAAUUUAUUAGAUAGAUGAGUGAAGAUAGAUAUGAAAGAUAGAUUUAUCUUUUAUUUUUAGUAAUUAGUCUUAAUUCAUUCGUAAUAUAAUUUUUUUUACUUUCUUAAUAUUGAAAAUUGAUUAAAAUAAAGACAAUUGAAAAUUGAUUGAAAAAAUUUAUUAUCAUGGUAAGGAUAAAGAUUAUAAAAUUUAUUAUUGAUAAAUUUUAAAUUGAUAAAGUUUUAUAUGAAAAAAAAAAUAAUAAUAAAUGAUAUCAAUUUAUGUCAGUAGCUACGAAUAAUAUUUAAUAUUAAUUUUUUUGAAUGAAAAAUAUUUUAUUAUUUUUUAAUUUUUAUUGAAUAUUCUAAUAUAUGUAUGAAUUUAUUCAUCAGAUGGAUAAUUAAUGAAAAAUAAGUUUAUUUCUUAUUUUUGCUAAUUUUAAUGUGAUCGAUCAAUAAAUUACGAUCUAUAUUUUGAAAAUUGCAACUUAUGGAUCACGACUUUAAAUAAGAUUAUAAAAUAAUUUUUUAAUUAAUUUAGUUAUAAUAAUUAUUUUUAUUUGUAAUUAUUUAUAUAAAAAAUUGUAUAACAAUGAAAAUUUUCAACGUUUCUUUAUUUUAAUAUAGCUACUUACAUAAAAAUUAAAUAAGUGAUUAAUAAUCUUAUGAUGAGAUAUACUCAAAAUAUUGAAUUUAUCAUAUGAUUAAUGUUAAAUAUUUUAUAUUUGCUAUUUUAAUAUCUCUUUUAAAUUUUCACUUUGAUUCAUCUUUAAAAAUCAAAUAUUAUAUGUAAUUUAUCUUACGAAUAAUAUAUUUUUAUAUAAUCAUCAAAACUUGAGAGAGAUCUCAAGUUAUUAUAUAUAAAAUGAGGUCGUGUCUUAAAAAAGAUUGGGAAACACUGUUCUAGGAGAAACGAAUUUUAUAAUUUACGAAUUCAACAAAUAUAUGCAAAACCUUCUCGUUUCUUCUUUUUUCAUUUAUAAAGAGAGGAAAGAACGAAAAAAAACGAAAGAAAAAGGAAGAAAAAUAAAUAUUGUGAUAGAAAAAAAAACAUAGCAACUUAAGACGUUAUAAAAGUUAUGAUUUUAAGCGAUUAAUUAAACUACCACUUAAGGAUGCGAAAAGAGAAAAAGAACUAACAAAAAUCAGCCAGAUUCAUUAUACAGCGAUCCAUUUGGUGAUAAAUGUACGAUCGACACUAGCGCCACGCCUCGAGGUCUAACCUCACCCAUCAAUCGUAUCCGCGAAAUUAUUCACGCUAAUUAAUCGCGAUCCGUUCGAAUAUCAUGAUUUAAACAAUUGUCGAUGAAAGGGGCUGAUUAAAAUGAUACGAUGGAAUUACAUAUACGAUGUAUGUAUUCAUAUAUAUGGUAGAUGUACGAUUAUACUUUACAUAUAAAGCUGAUGGAAAUUAUCCCCACCAUCCCCAAUCUCAAAAACGAUUUUUGUUCACGUGCGUCAUUAUUAUCUAUUUUUAUCCACGUCUUUACUUUAAUUUUCUCGAAAUUUCGUGCCGGUCGAAUUUCGGUUGUUCAAAACUGGUGGACAAAGCGAUUUCAAAAGAUCUAUAUCGGUUUGAAAGUUCUGUCAGUGAUAUAAUAAAUUUAUUUUAUUGAACAAAUUAAAUAUAAAAAUUACAUCAUUUUUCAAAAUGAUGAAGUUUUUCAAGGAUUUCAAAUAUUAUAUUUUAUAGAUAUGAAUGUAUGAAAUAGUAUUGAAAUAUAAAUAUAUAAAGAAGUGAAAUAAAGAUGAGUGGUAGCUUAAUAAGAAACGCUUUUUACGAAAACAAUAAUUAAUCAUGUAUACUUAAGUACAUAUUUGUAUCGACGCCAAAUAACUUAUCCAUAAUGAAUUAAGUAAUUAAAAUACUAUUAUAUUAUUUGAAGGUUAUAAAUGAUAAAAAAAUUAUAUUAUUUAAUUCAAGAUAUCUAUUAUAUCUUUAUAUCAAUGAUAUUCUACAUUUGUUAAAAAAUAUUACAAUCCUUGUUAUAUUAUAUUCAUAUAAAAGAAAAAAAAAUCUAAAAAAAAAACAUGAACAGAAGAAGUAAAAAUCUAUAUCAUAACAAAUUGACAAGUCAUUAUAAGAAUUUUAUAACUGUUGUUAUAAUUAAAAAAGUAUCAAAGUAAAUCGGUUUAAACAAAGAGAUCAUAAUAUUUAUAAAACUAAUAUUUUUUUAUUACAAAUAUUUUAUCACAACUUUUUUUUUUAAUUUAAGAGUAUUUUCUAUAAUUAUUUAAUAUUAUUUUUGUGUUAAUAAUUUGUUAAAAUUACUUUUUUAUUAAUAAUUAAGAAUUAUUUUUAUUUACAAGAUAUUUUAUAUGCAAUUUAUUGCAUUGGAUCUGCACUUAAUAAGGAGUAAUGUUUAGAGAAUAGAAACAUCGGGGAUUUUGUUCAAUUUUAUUCAAUUAUUAGAAUUUAAAGCAAUCAUUUUCAUCAUAUAUAAUUUUUUGUAUAUUUUUAACAAAAAUUAUUGUUAACUAUUUUUUCGAAUCAUAUUUUUUUCAUUACUUUUACGAUCAAUUAUCUAUUUUAUAUGAAAUAUAAAAUGUUAUAUAAAAUGUUUUGUUUGUACUACAUUGUUUUGUGUGUACUACAAAAAAUGAUCAAUUAUUGUAUACAUAAUUUUUAGAGCUGAUAUAAUGUGCUUAAUUUCAAUUUGUAUACACAAAAUUUUGUAUACACGUCUAUAAUAAUUCAAAUUGAUUUUAAAUGAUUAUAAAAAAAAAUUAUCUUAAUAAAAUAUAUAAAUAAAACAUUUUAUUUUUUUUCUUUACUUAUGUUUUAUUAAUUGUGAUAAAGAAAAGAACAGGACUCUAACGGAUAAAUUUAUAAUAUUACGAGAGAAAAAAUCUCGAAAUCUAAAAAAAAAAUAAAUGUUGCCGAAAAAUGCGUUUCUUCGAUUUUGUUUAUUUAUUUCUUCAAUAUUAUUUAUCUAUUUAUCCAAAAUUAUUUAUCCAAACCGUAUAGUUUGUAAUCGAUCUUUUGAAAUCUAUUUGUAUGAAUAUCAAUAAUCGCAAUUUUCCUGGCCAACAUCGAAUAUCUCGAGGAACUGUGGACUUCCGUUUGGAUCGGAAAUACGACGAAACGAUCCCGUGUUAUAUUUGAAAUUUCCCGUCGAUAAGUAUGCGUACACACUUAACAUCGUAAACGUACAUGGUCGUACGUAAGUAGUUUCUUGUCUAUCGUGCAAUAAUUGAUAUAGAGUGGUAUAACAAUUUUUUAUAUCGAAAGCGAUUGUCACUGUUUUUCACGAUUCUUUUUUAUACUAACGUAGAUUGAAAUAAGAAGUGUUAAAUCGAUAUGGCCUACAUUUCGAAUAGUGUAAAGUUAAUAUAUAUGAACUAACCAUCGUGAUGGGAUAUAUUUCUGAUUGUGAAUUCGAUCGUAAACGGAGGCAUUUUCAUCGGGAGACUUAUUUUCCCUUUUUUUUUUUCUAGGGAAUUUUAUGAACUCAAAGGCGCAUGAUCUUACGUUGAAAAUUUCCCUAAUGUCAUUAAUACAUAUAUCAAUUAGUUAUUAAAAUCCAUUUAACCUACUUUUACGCCUGUUAAUUAUUAUUAUUAUUAUUAUUAUUAUUAUUAUUAUUAUUAUUAUUAUUAUUAUUAUUAUGGUUAUCGUUAAUAAUUAUUAUUGAUUUAUUAUUAUUAUGAUAUUAUUCUUAUUACUAUUAUUCCUAUUAUUAUGAUUAUUGUUACUCGUUAUUAUCACGAUCGAAUUAAAAAAAUAAAUAAAUAAAUAAAUAAUAUGCUCUAUACUCAGUAUCUGUGUCGAAAACACCUAUACAUAUACAUAUUAAUGAUUAUUGCUAUACUAUAUGACUAAACUCCGCUACAGUAAGAGACACCAAUACUAUUACUCCCCCCUUGUCCCAUCGAUUGAAAAAGUAAAUGACGUCGUUCGAUAAAUCCAUAGUAAGAUUCACGAAUUAUUCGAAUAUUGUUAUGAAACAUUGUUAAAAACAUCCAUACUUGUCGAAAUUUCGCCUAAUGUGAACGACGUCGAUCCCAUGAAUUUUGUACGUAUAUUGCCUCUCUAAUUUCAUUUUUUCAACAAGCAAAAAAAAAAAAAAAAUAAAUAAAUAAAUAAAAGAAAACCGAUACGAAUUUUUUAGAAAAAAUUUAAGAGAUAGAGAGAAAGAGCGGGAGAGAGUGAGAAUGAGAGAAAGAGAGAGAGAAUAAAGGAAAGAAAAAUAAUAGCGAUUCUUGCAUUGUGCAUAAUGAACGUGUGCGUAUGCGUUCAUGUGUGAGACAAUGAGAAAGAUUGAUGAAACGCAUUGUAUUCAUCCCUUGAUACAUACCUAUUUAUUUGUACAUUAUUUUACCGAAUAAACGUGCAUCUUUUGCAUCCUUAAAUUUAGAA